AUGGCUACUCAACCAACACCUCUGAAGGGAACAGAGAAGUUGUCAUCUCGAUGGCAAUGGACAGAAGAUCUUGGUGGUUUUGACAUGCCCAUCCGCCUGGAAGGAGAAAUUGGGGACGUGAUGGUGCGAGGUACUAUACCUGACAGCAUUGAUGGAACUUUCUAUCGAGUCGCUGGAGACCAUUUCACCCCUCCGCUCGAAAGACACAUUCCACUUGACAACCACGGUACUGUCAGCGCCUUUCGUAUUCACAAGGGGCAAGUGGACUUCAAGAUCAGAUAUGUGCAGAACGACCGCUACAAGUUCGAGAGGAAGAAGAGACAGAGCUUCUUUGUCCAGAUCGUGGGUAAUCCCAUGCAAGACCACCCAUGCGUGCGUGCCGUUCUGCAGACGACUUCCAACAUAAACGUCCUCUACUGGGCUGGAAAGUUGCACGCUCUGAACGAGACGGGAUACGCGUGGACCUUGGAUGCCGACACACUUGAAACAACUGGUUCCAACCCCUACGGCAACCAGGUGCAGGGCGCAGCAACCUUCACUGGUCAUCCCAAAAUCGAUCAAAAUGUCGAUGAGCUCGUCACGUGGGGAUUCAACGAGGACAGUUCUGAGCUUAUCUCUUACUCGAUCAGCCGAGAUGGUGAGGUUAAAAACCUCCAUCGCAUCAAGCCUCGUUUCUCAGGACCAAUCCACGACGCCUGUAUAACCGAGAACUGGCUGGUCUUUUGCCAGUGGCCCGCUGAGCCCAACUUUGAAAAGGGUGGCGUUACAAUGACCUGGGUCUCUGACAGACCUGCGUAUUUCAUUGUUGCCCCCCGCCGCCCGGAACAACCUUUAGCGGGCUCGGGAUGGAAGCCCUACGAGUUUCGGAUAUAUUCUCAUCCCACAAACUCGGAAAUCGUCCACUCUGGCGGUGCGUGGGAAGAGAAUGGAAAAGUAUACAUCGAGGGGACUUGGCCCAAGCAUCCUUUGUUCCCCUUCUGGGACGGGCUGUCCAGAGGGAAGCCGGAAGAAACCGUUGUGGACUAUGUGCGAUUCGAGAUCGAUACGGCACAGCCAGACCAGGCGGUGCUCCCGGACCCCGUCACCCUGGUUGACAUUCCGAAUGAGUUCCCGCGCAUCGACGAGCGGUUCUACUGCAAGCCUCACAAAUAUGUCUUCAUGAAUGUGUUUCACUCGGAUCCAAAAGAGCCUCUACGCAGAGAUCACAUCUUCAAGAGUCUCAAUGCAACGGCAAUGCUUGACAAGAGCACCGGGGAGUUGAAGGUCUACUCUCCUGGUCCGAACACCCGAUGCCAGGAACCCGUCUUCAUUCCCCGAUCCGACGACUCCCCAGAGGGUGAUGGACACAUCAUCUUCGUCGUUGACCGACUGGACGUUAACCUCAGUAGUGUGGUAAUCAUGGACACUAAGGACUUUGAGUGUCCUACCGCUGUGAUAGAGCUUCCAAUGCGGAUGCGUGCUCAGGUUCAUGGUAACUGGGUUGACGCACGGGAGCUAAGUGGUCGGCCACUGGUGGCGAAUCCUGUCUGA